AUCAAUAAACGUUAAAACCACCCGUGAUAUUACAGUUAGAUAGGGUUUGCAUUUCUUGUUUCGUUCUCAGUAGAUUAUGUAUUCUGUAUUCACCAUGUUCAAUAUAUCCCAUUCAAAACAAUUUUAUUUCAAAAAAGAUCCUGCCAGUGUGGAAGAACUGAAGAUGCGGUUACAGACUUCAGAGAAGGAAGUACACGAGAUGGAGAAACAACUCAGUGGUCUGCACAAUGAUAAGUGGAAAAGGCAGAUGGAGUACCAGUUCUGGGAAGUAGAUGCACUGAAGUUAUUGGAUUUGAUGCAAAAUCUUGAUGCUUCAAACGUUCUCAGAUGGACCCUCACGGCUGAGCCGUUAAAGAAGGGAUUAUCAGUUGAGGAUGAGCAGGGUGAUCGGCAGGGUGAUCGUCGAACACUGAUGAUGAAGCUCCGGGACAGAAUUGAAAACCAGGAGGACCUUUUUGUAAUUUUAAGAUCGGAAGUCCUUGAGAAUAGGGAGAAGCUUAUCUGGCUCCAGGACAGAGAAGUAACUCUUGACAAGGAUCGCCACAAGCCAUCAGCCGUCGAUGUUUCAGCAUCUGAACCUACAGAACAGUUCAUUGAAGAAAAGCCUAAGGGGUUCUUCAGCAAGGCAUUAGGAUCUCUUCGAAAAAAAGUGACGGGAAUCCAGAAGAGGAAGAAAUAUUCUGGACAAAAGCCCAAACCGCCUUUGAUGGACAGUGUUCCACGUGCCUCUCUGGUGGACUAUGCUUCUGUUACACCAUCAAUGGACUCACUAAAGGAAUCGGUUUCUGAGACAUCACUGGAGGAUGGUGAAUCUCUUAGUUCACAGGUCUCCCCAGAGGAUUUAUCUUUGCUCGUCUCGUCAAUAAGAUCAGGCUCUCAGAUAACAACACUGGAGGAAACUCAUGAGUGUUCUGAGGAUGUUGAGAAGAUUACAGAAGACCUGGAUAUCGUUGAAAAGCCUUUGAUGGACAGUGUUCCACGUGCCUCUCUGGUGGACUAUGCUUCUGUUACACCAUCAAUGGACUCAGAGGAUUUAUCUUUGCUCGUCUCGUCAAUAAGAUCAGGCUCUCAGAUAACAACACUGGAGGAAACUCAUGAGUGUUUUGAGGAUGUUGAGAAGAUUACAGAAGACCUGGAUAUCGUUGAAAAGGAGAAGGACAACAAAAUUAUGCAGCUUAGUCCUCUAUAUACAGCUGAGUGGCAAAACACAGUACGUUACUUGAGCCGAAACAUUGGCAGCCUGUCAAUGUUUAAAGAGCAACGGUCAAGACUUGAUACGACUGAUUAUGAAUGCCAUGACCAUCCGCUGUUCGGAGGUUCUUCUGAGAUACCAACUGACUUCCCAGGUACUGACAUUCAAAGGAAACAAAAACAGACAAGUCAUGUUCUGCAAAUACGGCAGUUUCAACAGGGAAAACUUGGCAGAACACCUCUGUACGCAAUCCUUGGAAGAAUGAUUGCAGAGGAUAAGGUAGCCAUAGCUUCCAUGGAAGGAAGUCUUCUGUCUAUGGAGCAAGGUGGUCGACUUGUCUACGUUAUUGGAACUCCUGUUUUGUGUCCUAAACUACAUCUGGACGCCGCACGAGCAAACACAAUGUGGUGCCACGUAACUUCAGACGGUGAUUUGAUCAACUCACAGUCCCACACACCGUCAGAUCAGGAGAGGCACAGGUUACAGGUGUAUCGUGGGACCUGUACUUCCACCCCCAUCCCCCUUUAUCCACCCCAUCCACUCUCACCCCAGGAUACAGCACAUCUAGAUACUGGGAGACACUCACCAGGGAGGGUGCGGUGAGGGGAGGUGUGUGGUGGUGGCCUUUUCUGGAGAUGGGGGUGAGUGAGGCAGGACAGGUGGACAGGGAGCGGUGGGUUUCUGAUCAGCGUCGCUCCUGGUGUGUCAGUGUAGGGGACUGUUACAGACACGAGGGAAGAGUCUGUACCACGGUGUACAGGGAGGGUGAGCAGGGCGAGUGUCAGCAGAACACCAUGUCCUACACUCCCGGCACACAGCCCACCCUCCGCUAUGGCGUUGUGCUGGAUGUGGCGAGGGGAAGACUCGCAUUUAUCGACUUGAACAGAGAGAUUGUUUUAGCCAAGUUUGACGAGAUGUUCACGGAAGACCUGUACCCCAUGUUUGCUGUUUGGCCGCUGCCAAAUCCCACCACUGUCAACAUGAAGCUGGUCAGCGGUGAGGACAUCGACAUCACUGACACAAAGAAGUCUCUGAUUCACGAUGCGCUGACAUA